CUGAACUACUUUCAACGUGGGUAAUAUGCAUCAAUUUGUGGGAAGUCUUUUAGUAACGGAUUAACCAUCAAGUAGUGCGUGUCGGACAAUUUACAGAAAGAUUUUUUUUGAAUUAUAAAAAAAAAUAGAAAAAACUAGAUAACAGAAAUAUGAACAUCAAGUUAAUUCUAAUUUGUACGAUUUUUGUGUUGUUUGUUUUUGUUGAUAUUGGAAAUGGAAAAUCGAGUAAACGAAGAACCGGAAGUAGUGGAUGGGGAUCUGUAUUUCGUUCAAGAUCAACACCUCGUCCUCGUAUAUCCCAAACAUCAAAUCAAGGAAGUUCAAAUCCAAAUAAAAUAGGAUGGAAUAUACCAGAUAAGAAACCAACUGGAACUAAUACUGCUCCUAAACCAUCUGCUCCUAUAUCCGAACAAAGUGCUAAAACUAGUGCAACGAAUGUACAAUCUGGUUAUAAUCCCUCAGGUGGAUAUCCUCGUCAAUCAGCAAGUAAUCCUUACUACACAAAUCCUAAUCAACCCUAUAAUCCAUCAAUUGGACAAAGUUAUAAUCCUUCACUUGGUCAAGGAUACAACCCUUCUUUAGGUAAUAAUCCAUUAGGUGGUUAUAGUAAUCCUGGAAUAGGAGGACAUAUACCUUAUGGAGCACAACCAUCUUAUGGUGGAUAUAAUCCAGGACACUCAUAUAAUUCACCAUUGGGACUAUCCAAUCCAUCUAUGGGUCAGAUACCUCAGCAAGCAAUCUUUGUACAGCAAGCACAGAGACCUGGUAUUGGACAACUUGCAAAAGAAGCAUUUGUUUUUGCUGGUGUAAGCGCAGGAGUAAAUGCAGCUGUUAAUAGAUUACUACCAGGAGGAAUAUAUGGCACUAGAGGCACUGGAGGGGGUUCUCAUACUGAAAUUACUUAUAAUAAUUAUUAUAAUAAUGGGACUGCACCUGUCCCAAUUUCAAAUGCUGAACAAUCAGUAGUUAAUGCUGCAUCUGUAGCUCAAUCAACAACUACAUCAACUGUUCAAUCUCAAUCAACUCAAACAGCCCAAUCUGCUGUUGAAGCAUCACAAACUUCCCAAAUUAAUGCAGGUACUAACAAUGCAUCACCAACUAACACAAAUUCUCAAGAAUCGGCGCAAAAUAAUCCCAAUCCAUUGGGAUUUAUCACUUCCAAUGAUGACAUUAAAAAACUAACAGAAAGUCUAUUUGAAAAAGAAAAGAAUAAUGCUUUUAAAUAUAUAACAAUAAAUUUGCAAGGUCAGAAGAAAGAUGAUAGUACCAGCGACGAUGCUGCUGAACCAUUGCUAAAUGUGAAAGAUGAAGCUUAUGAAAUUCCAACAAUAAAAGCCAUAAUAAUGUUACAUAAUAAUUAUGAAUUGGAUGUAAAAGUAAAAGAGGUGGUUACGUCGGAAGAGCGUAAAGAAGAAUCUGAACUUCUUGAUAAAAUUCUUGAAACAGACGUGAUAAAAACAACUAUGAAAUUUUUGGUUGAUAAAGGAUACAUUCAAGAUGAUGAAUUCGAGUUUAAGGACACUAUGAAACGCAUAUGGUUUUCUCAAUUUAAACGAAUCGACGGAGAUGCAUCAAGUUCUGGUUUUGAAACAGUGUUCUUAGCUGAACAAUUUGAUUCAGAUAUAAUUGGAUUACAUAAUUGGAUCUAUUAUGCGAAACAAGAAACAGAGAAGAAGCUCAAUUAUCUUGGAUAUAUCAAAGAAGUUAAAUUGGGUGACAAAGCCGCAGUUUUAAAAAUACGUUCAUCAUUAAAUGGAAUAGUACAACCUAUUACAACUCUCUUUGUUGGUACAUCACCAGAAUUGGAAUUUGCUUUGUAUACAAUUUGUUUUUUUACUCGACCGAAUAACGUUUGUCCAAUUUCUUUAGGAGGAAUUGAAUUUGUAAUUUUUGUAAGCAGAGUCAAUUACUUUGGAAAAGAUAUUUUAAUUUCGGGAUAUCCUGAUAUUUAAUUUGAUUGAAAAAUAUUUAUAACAUAUGUUAUAAAAUUUAAAUUUUAUAACAAUGUUAUAAAAUUUA